AUGGAAGAGUCAUUCAGUGAGAUCUCUUCCCAUCUUCAGGUGUCAAGUCUUAGAGGUACGACUAGCUGCAUCAAGAGAAAGCAGAUUGUGACAAGAUCCAAAGAAGAUUCCCCUCUCAAGUUCACUGAGAGUCAGCAGUCACGCCAGGCAGCCAAAAGUAAAUCAGUUCGAAAUGUCCCUGCUAGGACAUCACAAAACAAAUCUCCAUCCAUCCAGGCAAUUAAGAAACCACGAGCCAAUUCUGCCUCCUCCUUGCCUGUACUAAACAACAAGGCGGGCAGUCGAUUAUCCUCAAAGUCUAAGACAGCAAGUAAAAGUAAAAAAUCUGUCCAGUCAUCAAAAGCCAGUUCUAAGAAAAAGUCCUCUCCCAAAAAACAAACAUCUAGGUCCACAGCAAUAAAAAGCUCCCCCCAAAUUCGUUCCACCGCGAAGAAAAAUCCAACUAAAUCUGCUAACAAAAAGCAAAGUCAGACAAAAGCCUCUAAAGGAGCCACCAAAAAAAGUUCAACCAAAAAGAAAACAGUAAAGAAACAAACUAAAUCAACUGCAGUCAAGAAAGGGGCAGUUUCUAAAGCCAAAAAGAACACACAACCAAAAUCAAAGAAAGGAACAAGUUCCUCGUCAAAAGCUGCCAGGAAGCAACCCAGUCAAGCAAAAGGAGGCAAAAACACUCUGGCUAAAAAGAAAAACUCUAAAAAUUCUAAACCAACUGCCAAAAAAGCUAAAUCUGCUCAAGCAAAAGGAAAAUGUUCUCUUGGUAAGAAGGCAAAAACAAAUGUUGCAAAGAGUAGAUCUACAAAACCAGCUAGAAAGAGCCAUUCCACAUCUGUAAAGGCAAAAGAGUGCAAAACUAAAUCAUCGAAGAAAGAUGUAAAACCUCAUAAAUGCACUCGAGGAUCGUCAGGACUAUCCACGUGCACCAAAGCCAGGGCCACAUCACAAAGCUCCUGUGCCCCAUAA